AGAGGCCUCUCUGGAAGUUGUCCCGGGUGUUCGCCGCUGGAGCUCCGGGUCGAGAGGACGAGGUGCCGCUGUCGCCGGCCCCCGGAGCGCAGCCCUUUCCUAGCCCGGUCCAGUCCCAGCCGCCACCUCCCGACCCCACCGCGGACCCCACCGUUACCAUGAAUCCCGCCGUCUUCCUGUCUCUACCCGACCUCAGAUGCUCCUUGCUGCUCCUGGUAACUUCAGUUUUUACACCUAUAACAGCUGAAAUAACAAGUCUUGAUUCAGAGAAUAUAGAUGAAAUUUUAAAUAAUGCUGAUGUUGCUUUAGUAAAUUUUUAUGCUGAUUGGUGUCGUUUCAGCCAGAUGUUGCAUCCAAUUUUUGAGGAAGCAUCUGAUGUCAUUAAGGAAGAAUAUCCAGAUAAAAAUCAAGUAGUGUUUGCCAGAGUUGAUUGUGAUCAGCACUCUGAUAUAGCCCAGAGGUACAGGAUAAGCAAAUACCCAACCCUCAAAUUAUUUCGCAAUGGAAUGAUGAUGAAGAGAGAAUACAGGGGCCAACGAUCAGUGAAAGCGCUCGCAGACUACAUCAGGCAACAGAAAAGUAACCCAGUUCACGAGAUUCAAAGUAUAGAUGAAGUCACCACUCUUGAUCGCAGUAAGAGAAAUAUCAUUGGAUACUUUGAGCAGAAGGAUUCAGACAAUUACAGAGUUUUUGAAAGAGUAGCAAGUAUUUUGCAUGAUGACUGUGCCUUCCUUUCUGCUUUUGGAGAUGUUUCAAAACCAGAAAGGUACAGUGGAGACAAUUUAAUCUACAAACCACCAGGGCGUUCUGUGCCAGACAUGGUGUACUUGGGAUCUAUGACGAAUUUUGACGUAACUUACAACUGGAUUCAAGACAAAUGUGUCCCUCUUGUCCGAGAAAUAACUUUUGAAAAUGGAGAGGAAUUGACAGAAGAAGGACUGCCUUUUCUCAUACUCUUCCACAUGAAAGAGGAUACAGAAAGUUUAGAAAUAUUCCAGAAUGAAGUAGCCCGACAAUUAAUAAGUGAAAAAGGUACAAUAAAUUUCUUACAUGCAGAUUGUGACAAAUUUAGACAUCCUCUUCUGCAUAUCCAGAAAACUCCAGCAGAUUGCCCUGUCAUAGCUAUUGACAGUUUUAGGCAUAUGUACGUUUUUGGAGACUUUAAGGAUGUAUUAGUUCCUGGAAAGCUCAAGCAGUUUGUAUUUGACCUGCAUUCUGGAAAACUGCACAGAGAAUUCCAUCAUGGACCUGACCCAACUGAUACAGCCCCAGGAGAGCAAGACCAGGAUGUAGCAAGCAGUCCUCCAGAGAGCUCCUUCCAGAAGCUGGCGCCCAGCGAGUAUAGGUAUACUUUAUUGAGGGAUCGAGAUGAGCUGUAAAAACUCAAGAACACUGCAAGCCCUUCAACAGCAGCAUUGGCUUAUGUGGUGGAAAUAGUAAACCUAUAUUUUCAUAAUUCUAUGUGUAUUUUUAUUUUGAAUAAACUGAAAGAAGUUUUGAGUUUUUAAUUUUUUCCUCCCCCUGACUCAAAUGCAUUGUCAUUUAAUACAGCCUCUUUUUUAAAAAUCUGCUAGGGCUUAAAAACAAUACAAUAAAAACCAGAGGCCUAUCUCCACUUUAAAUCUGUCCUGUACAGUUUUUACAAUGCAAGCGGAAGGUGGUAUUGCCAGGGCGUCCCGCUAACUCGCACUCACACUGCGAAGGCAGAGAACCCGGCCUGCUCCCGUGUCGUGUGUGCUUCUGCUUUCUCCUUUUCAGAUUCUUAUUGUCACGGUCGGAAAGCUAAGGGGAUAUAGACUCUAAAGACCUAAGAUUUUCACACUGGGUACUGUGUGGUACUGAUUGGUCGGGCAUUGCUUAUGAAAAUUCCAUAGUGGUUCUUCUUGGAUUCCUAAUGUGUAACUUAAACAUACUAUGAAGAGGAGGAGAGCCAUAAGCCAGAGCAUUUGGCAGAAAUUGUCCUUAUGAAUUAAGAAAAAAAACGUGAAAGUAUUAUUAAAUUUCUGUGUUUGUCUGAGAAACCGGCAUAUGGAUGGCAUUCAAAAUUGUGAACGACUUAACCCUGCAAUCAGGAAAGCAGAGACACCAGUGGAGUGGGUUACUAGUGUUGAACUAGAAACGUUGAAGGCUCUUUCUGUCUAGAAAUUUCCAUUUUCAAAGGGAAACUGUAUUUCAAUUAUUGUAAGCCUCCUUCUGUCUUUUGUAGUUUUGCUAUAGUUAUGUAGAGCAAAGACAAAGAUGUUAAGGAACAUAACGUUUUAAAUUCUUCUCCCAUUUUCAACUAUUGUGAAUUAUUAGAGGGCCUUCCCCCUCUGGCUUCUCUGAUUUCCCACACCUGCAGUUAGUGUGUAGUCAGAACGUCCCUGCCAGGCCUCAGUACUGCCAGGGAUAAAAGCGGAGGGAGAAGACCCUCCACAUUAUAUCAGGAAUCCCAUCGCCAGAGGUCAUUCAGGCUCAAAACUGCCUUUCCUCGGGGCCUGGGUGUGGUGCUAUAGGCCAAGGGUCAUUUAUCCUUGGGAUAUAAGUCAGUCCCAGUUCGGGGAGAUAUUAUUUUUAAGCUUAAAAGGUUGACAUGUGCCAUUAUAUGUAGUAUGUGAUAUAUGUAACAUCUUCCAAUCCUUUUAAAAUAAAAUGAAUAUUUAUAAUGGA